GGUCCCUGGGACGGCGGCGGUGGGAGCCCGGGAGGCGGUUGGCCGCUGAGGAGCGGCGGGACCGGGGUACCAGCCCCGUCCCCAGGGCCGCGGUCGGUCUGUCUGUCCGUCCGGGCAGCAGCAGCAGCGUGCGGGCGGUGAAGGGGCAGCUGCCGGCUCCUGUCUCGGGGAGUGGCAGGGCUGGUUACUCUGGGCUAGUGCAGGAGCCCCUGUGGUAGUCACGGGCGCUUGGAGAGUGAUGGAGUACAAAUCAGAGGGUAGCCCUGCCUCCUUCCCUUCCCUUUUUCUUCAGUAAGGGAUUUCUAGCUUCCAAAAAGCACCACGAAGGACGUGCAGGCUUUCUUUUUCCUGAUGCCUACACCUCCUUGCCUCCCCUAGCCAUCCCGUGGCGCAGGGGAGGUGGGAUGACUUCUGGAAACUAACCUCAUAGGUCCAGGGCAGCAAAUUCAAAGGAAUAGGUGAAGGGCUCUUAACGGCGGUAUCGCUGCAAUCAGUUUCUCCAAAACCUGAAGCUGAGGGAGUAUUAAAUGUGUGAUUGUUAGGCCUGGCCCUGUGCCUGUGUUGAAGGGUGGAUCCCUUGGGAUGCUGCUGCCUCACUGGGGCCUCUGGUUAAGAAAUGGUGAUGUUUAUUUAGGUUCUGGGAAAGAUGACCACGCUCACGCGGCAGGAUCUAAAUUUUGGGCAAGUUGUUGCAGAUGUUCUUUCAGAAUUUCUGGAAGUGGCUGUUCAUCUUAUCUUGUAUGUCAGAGAAGUUUACCCUAUUGGGAUCUUUCAGAAGAGGAAAAAAUACAAUGUACCUGUCCAGAUGUCCUGCCACCCGGAACUGAAUCAGUACAUCCAGGACACACUGCACUGUGUAAAGCCACUGCUUGAGAAGAAUGAUGUGGAGAAAGUCGUAGUUGUAAUCCUGGAUAAAGAGCACCACCCCGUGGAGAGAUUUGUUUUUGAGAUCACCCAGCCACCACUUCUUUCCAUCAGUUCGGAGUCCCUGCUGUCCCACGUGGAGCAGUUACUGCGUGCCUUCAUCCUGAAGAUCAGCGUGUGCGAUGCUGUGCUGGACAACAACCCCCCGGGUUGCACCUUCACAGUUCUGGUUCACACACGGGAGGCUGCCACACGGAACAUGGAGAAGAUCCAGGUGAUAAAGGAUUUCCCAUGGAUCCUCGCUGAUGAACAAGACGUGCACAUGCAUGACCCCCGGCUUAUUCCCCUGAAAACCAUGACAUCUGAUAUCUUAAAGAUGCAGCUAUAUGUAGAAGAGCGAGCCCACAAAGGCACCUGAUUUCAAAUCUUCCUGGCCUUCUAGCUUCAUCUGAUCUUCCAGUGGAAUAAGUUAUCUCACAAACCAUACCUUGAUAACCAUCUCUUCAGCUGGCAUUCUGGGUGAAUGUAGAGCAGCUGCUGCCUCUCUAUUUCAAGUGCUCUUACCGCUGUACAUAGAACUGACUUGGAAUGUGGAGCCAGAGCCUGUUCCCAUGUACACUCAUGUGUGAGAGUGAGUAUAGGUUUUGUUACGGUGAAUCCCUGGGGGCAGGAUAUAGGCAACUGCAGUAUGCAGUCACUGCUUUGUACAAAUCCAGUUCUCACCUUAAUAGGGCGUCGCCUUUGCAUACUGGGAGCGAUACACAGCGCUCUGGUGUGUGCUCCACAGGAGCAACGGACUCCUACUGAGGGUGAGUGAGGCCUUACGUAGUGUCUGUCCACUGUGACUGUCCCAAGUAGUCGUCAAUAAAUACUCAGUUUUACCCCA